AUGGCCACUGUCCCGCCACCGAUUGCUCGAGACAAUGAGAGGAUUAAAGUCGAGUCAUAUUCGGAUGAUAUUGUCGCACGUAUCAAACGCCUGGACAGGCGUCUCAAGCCAUUGGAGACAACUUCUUCAACAAGUAUUUGCUCCAGCAGUGCAUGUGGAAGUAUGAUCAUCAGGCUCGGAGCCCACAAGUCGCUCAUGUCACUAAAUCUCGAGGAGAGCACGCCUCUGGAUUCGUCGUUUCUCGAUCAAUUCCGGGUCUCUCUAAUGCUCAUUGAGAGUGAUCUCGACCUCAUCGGCCCAGGAAAGAGGUGGAGAGGGGCUCGGGACCGCGAAAUCCGGCAAGUGAAAGCAAGAGAGGCCAGGGAAGAUCUGCGGGAGGCGUUUGACAAGUUUGAGAAGCGAUGGGACGGUCAACGUAAAGAAGACAGGUAUCGGAAGAUUGCACAUAGACUGCUGGAAGACCAGACAGUCACGUUUGCGACGAUGACGGCGAUGUCUCAAUCGCUCGCCAGAAGCCAGCAGGGCAUCGGCGAACGAGUUGGAUCUGGGAAGACAUACCCUGACCCUCCCGGAAUGUGGGUGUUAUCCGACAGAAUCAAUGUACCUUCAGCAGAGGAGAGAAGAGCAAUGUCGCCAAAGGAGUUGCAUCGCCUAGGAGAUAACAUUGAGAAGGAGUUGGAAAAUGCAAUGCAGAAGGAGACGGAGUUUCAGCGUGAGAUGGAAGCGAGGCGCGUCUCCCAGAGCGAAGAGUUUGUCGUUGCUGAAGGUGUCGUCGAGAGUUUGAAAGGGCGAGCGAAAAGGGAGUCAGGAGUGGAGACGGGUGGAUGUGGCGGCGAAAUUCAGUAG